ACUUAUGGCGGAUAAAGAACAACUAGUGAAGAAGAGCCAAGAUAAACAUGAAGAAUCCCAAGACAUAAAGAUAAUUAUCAAUGAUAAUCAAGGAGGAGUAGAAUUAGAUGCAGUGGCUGCCACGUCAGGAGGGGGAGAAGGGAAACCUAACGUGUCGUGUACACAGGAUGAUACAAAGUGGUUAGAGUGUGUUGAAGAAAGGUUUACGAAGAAAGUCGACGAACAUGGCAGAAUACAAUUUGAUGAUUUCCAAGAUGUCCUUGGAGUCAGAGAGUCUUUCUUCGGUGACCGGUUUUUCAGUUUGUUUGACACGGAUAAGAAGGGCAGUAUAGAAAUCAGCGUACUGAUGGACGGACUCCGGACACUGACCAAAGGAUCACCACUCCAGAAACUCAAAUUUGUCUUCGAUGUCUAUGAUAUUGAUGGAUCUGGAGAAAUCGAGCGCGAUGAGCUGAGGACGAUUCUAACGACGUGUAUGGAGGAGAGCUCUCUCUAUUUUGGGGAGGAACAUUUGAAUGAACUGACAGACGUCAUGUUUGAAGCCGCAGACAAAACCGGAAGUGACAGCAUCACAUUCGACGAUUUGAGAAAAGCUAUAGAAAAACAUCCGAACAUGAUAGAAACUUUGACUUUGAGUGCAACACAAUGGUUCGGGUUGGCAGCGCCAUCAAAGAAAAAGGAAAAAGACUGGAGACAUAAGUUCACGUGGAAGUACUUCCGAAACAAUUUGCGGAAGAUAAUGUUUGUGAUCAUUUAUAUCCUGAUAAAUGUUGGAAUUACGAUCUAUACCGUAUUAGAGGUUCUGGAAUCGGCAUCUAGUGAUGCAUUCCUCAUUAUCUUCAGAAUGGCCGCUGGUAUCUUUGGAAUGCUUCUAAACUUCAAUUGCAUGCUGGUCCUAAUUCUGGUUCUUCGGAAAUGCCACACACUGAUAAGAUCCACGCCCCUGGCUGCAAUACUUCCUCUGGAUCAGCACAUUUCUUUUCACAAAAUGGUUGGAGCUGUUAUAGGCGCAUGCGCCUUAUUCCAUACUGCUGGAGCAAUAGGGACCGCAAUUGUCAAAUCUCAAAUGCCCUCGAAUAAUAAUACCAUUGUGACAAUAUUGUUUACAACGAAGAUACCUAUGGGCUUGAUACCAGGAACAGCCUAUAUCACGGGAUGGGCGCUCAUUGUAGUUUUGACUGUUAUGAUCAUUUGCUCUCUUCCGUUUGUGAGGAAAGGUGGCCAUUUUGAGGUUUUCUAUUGGACGCACAUGUUGUAUAUUCCGUUCUGGACCCUCCUAAUUAUUCAUUCUCCGACAUUCUGGUACUACUUCAUUAUGCCCGGGGUCUUAUUUAUUAUCGAGAAGAUCAUUGGCUCCAAACUUUUCAAGAGAGCUCGAUAUGGACGGACAUUUAUCACAGAAGUUUGUCUUUUGCCAUCUGGGGUUUGUCAUUUGGUUAUUUCUCGUCCUGACAACUUCCGUUUUGAGCCUGGGGACUACAUUUUUCUACAAAUCCCGGCUAUUGCGCAGUUUGAAUGGCAUCCCUUUACCAUUAGUAGUGCUCCUGAAAUGAAAGGUCACAUCUGGAUUCACGUUCGUUCGUUAGGCCACUGGACAAAACAACUGUACGAAUAUUUCUCUGCAUUGGAUCCAAUUAAAGAAAAGCCUGAUCCAAAUGUCAUGAAGCGGAGGACACUAGCAGUUAGCCAGGCUAGAGCUUCCUGGUGGCCAAAUAAACGACAAUCACAAUACAGACCGAAAGACAAGGAGGAGCUGAAAGCAGAGAAAAGAAUGGCACAGGUUAUGAAAAAGGUUCAUGUUAGGUGUUACAUUGACGGUCCAUAUGGCACAGCAACAAGGGAGAUCUUUGAGACAGAACAUGCCGUGUUGAUUGGGGCCGGUAUUGGAGUGACUCCAAUGGCUUCUAUUCUUCAGAGCAUUAUGUACCGAUACAAAGAAUCCAAGCGAACCUGUCCAAAAUGUCACUACAGCUUCUAUGGUGUAAUUCCUGAAUCUGCAAUGAACCUGAAGAAGGUGAAUUUCAUCUGGAUAAAUCGGGAUCAGAAAAGUUUUGAGUGGUUUGUAGGGCUCCUUAAUAAAAUUGAAAAAGAGCAAAUCGACGUGGCUUUCGAGAAGGGCAAAGAAAUGGAGAAAGUGAUUGAUAUUCAGCUCUAUUUGACAGCUGCCAAGAAAAAGAGUGAUAUCAGAGGGGCGGGGCUUCAGAUGGCCCUAAGUAUAAUACAUAGGAGAGACAAGAAAGACCUGAUCACAGGAUUAUCGACACGAACACAGGCUGGACGCCCAAACUGGAAUGAGGUAUUUGGGAAGAUUUCACAAGAGAGGAAGGGGAAUGUCAAGGUCUUUUUCUGUGGGCCUCCGCAACUGGGAGGAAUGGUUAAGAAAAAGUGCAUGACGUUUGGUUUCAAAUUCCGAAAAGAAAACUUCUAAAGCUUC